UACAGCAAAUCAAUUACUCUUUUCCUCUCCUCACACCCCAAAGUAUCAAAAUGAACCUAGACUCCUUGUUCCAGCAAAUCUUCCUCGUAGAACAGAAAGCUGAAGAAAAGAGGUGCCUGAUGCAUCAAGUAAAACAGGAGAUAAGCAAAAAUCAUGAAAAAGCUAAUCAAAUUACACAACAACUUGGUGAAGAAAAACAAAAACUGGAAAUUGAAGCUCAGUUGCUAUCUGAAAAGCUCUUUAGCUUGGAACUUUUCAAAAAACGGAAAGAGAGUUUAGAAAAACAAAAAGCUGAUCUUCUAAGUCAGAAGAAUAUUAAUCUUGAAGCAUAUAAAAAUCUAAAGAUAAGAAUUGCUGAAGAAGAUGAAACAUUUUUGAAGGAAAUUAAAAAUUUUAAUAAUGAAUAUGGGUUAAUAUUAAAUCGGGAACUUGUAAUUAAAAAAAGAGUCCAGACUGAAAUAUGUGAACUAGAUGAGAAGGAAAGUCUUCUGAGAAAAGAAAUAGAAUCAAUGGAGCAUGAAACAAUUCAAUUAAAAAGAUUUCAUCUACAGAAGAAUGAAUUAAAGCAGGAUUUAUCUACUCUACAGAGGAAACUCAGAGAUUUUGAAAAAGAAAUAGCAGAAACUAAAUCUCUCACAAACUGCUUAGAAUUAGAAAAAAUAACAAUUUCUGAAAAACUUCAGACCGAUCCAGAAUAUAUAAGGCUUAAAAAGCAGUUGGAGAAUUAUAAAGACGAUGAAACGGAAAAUGCCUGUGAGGCUCUUCAAAUGGAAAUUGAAUUUCUGCAGAUGGAAUUGUUACAAAAAAAGUCUUCAGCCAAAUAAAUAACGUAUUUUGAACUGAUUCAAAUGUCAGAGGAGCAGAAUAUUGUAGUAUUUGGAAAAAUGCUACUUUUAUCAUCCUUAUUGGUUAAAUUUAUCAUCCUCUGCUUUUCCUGCUAGCAGAGCAAGGAGUCUGCUUUUUCACUACACAUAUUGUAUCUUUGCUUCUGGAUAUUUAUUACCACAAAUGUCUAACAACUGUAUACAAAUCAUUUUCUUUUCGCACAGUGGGAUUUUUCCUUGGUUAUGUUCCCAUUCCCAUAUUCAACAGUAAAAACCUGUCUACAUACUGUUUUUAUCAGUUGUGACAGAGGCAUUAACAGUUUCACACAGAACAUAGACAUUAUCGUUGUCAUGUAGUAUAGUUUUUUUAAAAGUUGGAAAAUAUAAAUGAAGCUGAUGCUUCUGGGACAGUAUAACUUGCUAUUUUUAAUAAGUUUCUCCUGACAUUUAAAUGUUUCCUUUCUUUAAGGUUAAAUAACUUGUGAAACUUUGAAUUUCACAAUAUCUCCAAUGUAAUUUUAUUCCAGUUUUCACAUAUCUGUACUUACGUUGCCAUGCUACUUUAUCAUUUUUAUUAUGAAAUCAAUUGUUACAUAAAUAGCCAAUAUUUAUACUAAUAUAUAUUUCAUGGGGGAGGGGUUAACCAAUGC